AUGGCUGUGCAUAAACAGCGAAUUAAGGAUCCCAUUCCGAACCCCAGAACACGCCGUCAUUGCCAGGCGGGCAUUGGACGUGGACAAGGAGCAGAAUGCAGGCAUGGUACACAGGGAGAUGAGCGUCGAAGGAGACAUACUCGUGGUGUAAGCCCCCCUCGUUAUCCCCAUGCUAUUCUUCCCGAGCUCACUUCGGGUACCCGCAGCAACUACUAUACCACAACAGUCCGUCUACUCCGGCUCGCUACAAACUCUUUCCUGUCCUCGGCAGAUCUCGUGCUCCGCACCAUGUCCUCGUUUGCGCCUGAUCCCUCAGAUAGAAUCCCUACGGACAAGGAGCUGGAAGAGAUCAGGCGGGAGGCCAACAGGUCAACGGGAAUGGGCGGUGGGAUCGAGCUGAAAGGAGACGGGAAGGGGGCAGGGAGUGGGGAGGAGGUCAGAUAA